AUGGAAGAGCACCUCGGCGGGGGUCACAUCUCUGUCACGGCUCAACAAUCACGCUACGCACUCGACGCAAUUGAUACGCCGGUAUCGAAAGAGAUAUUGGUGAAAGAUCUUUCUAUCAAUGUGUGCAAUCGUGAAUUGCUCAGCCAUGUCACACUACAUCUUGUUGAAGCACGUCACUACAUCCUCGCCGGGCGCAACGGUACAGGAAAGUCGACAUUACUCAGGGCAAUCGGCGACGGCUUGAUUCCAGGAAUUCCAUGGAGCACGAGGAUUCUGCUACUCGGCCAAACGCAGGAAGACAACCCUAGUAAAGGACUCGGUGAGACGAAGAUUGAAGAAACAGUACUGCAACAUAUCGUGCGAAGUGACAAAUUAAGGGAAAGAUAUACAAGAGAGGCAAAUACUCUCAGUGACGCUAUUGAGCAAGUCGAUCCAAUGGCACCUGUGAGAGCGUUCAGGAGAGUGUCGCAUGACCGACUGGCGCUACAGCUGAAAGAGGCGCAUCGUAUUGCCGAGCGUAGAAGUGGUGCACGGGGGAAGAUGGCGAGAAAGGAGCUCAUAAAGCUCGAAGAGCGGUUCGAGGAAUCCAAAUCUCGUCUCACCCAGAAUCAGGGCGAUAUCGAUCCUGCAAAGUUGAGCUCUGAAAUCCAUGCAGCAGCUGACCUCUUGACCAACGUCCAAUCCGCACUUGAACUGAUGGAUGCUUCACAGGCUGAGGUCAAGGCCAGACAGGUCUUACUAGGCCUCGGGUUCAAAGACGAAAAAAUUGACAAGCCCGUCUCGGAACUCUCCGGAGGUUGGAAAACGCGCUGCGACCUUGCGUGCGCCUUGUGCCAAUAUGCCGACGUACUACUCCUUGACGAGCCUACCAAUUUCUUGGAUCUGCCCUCCAUCAUUUGGCUUCAAGACUAUAUCCGCAACUUGAGAGACACCACAGUUCUCGUUACGACGCAUGAUCGAGAGUUUGGCGAUGCGGUAGCAGAAGAGCUUAUUCUUCUGCGGCACCAGCAGUUGGAGAAAUUCCGAGGCAAUCUGAGUCUUUACGAACGAGAGCGGUACAAGAAAGCUCGGUACUUAACCAAAAUGAAAGAUGCACAGGAUAAACAGAAGAAGCACAUGGAGAAGACGGUGACGAACAACAUCAAGGCGGCGCGAGAAAAAGGAGAUGAUAAGAAACUCAAGCAAGCGGCAUCUCGCAAAAAGAAGCUCGACGAGCGAAUGGGCAUUGAGGUUGGACUCAGGGGAGGACGUUUCAAGCGCAACCGUGAUUUGGGUGGUUAUCAUCUGUCAAGUCGAGCGGAAAUCGACGUACCAGAUUUUGAUCCACCGGUCAGGAUGGCAUUUCCACGGCAGCCACCGGACCUGAGGUUUCCGGGGUCAUUGGUGAGCCUCGAAAAGGUGUCCUUCGCGUACCCUGGCGGGAAGAAAGUCCCUAUAUUGAAUGACAUCAACUUGACUAUCCACCCUGGGCAGAGAGUUGGCAUAGCUGGCUUAAACGGGUCUGGAAAGACAACGCUCAUCUCGGUCAUUGUAGGAACGAAUGAAGGCGCCAUAGGAGGGCUCACACCGAUCUCAGGCACCAUCACCCGUCAUGCACGUGCAAACAUCAGCCGCUUUUCGCAGCAAUCGGUCGAGGAGAUAACGGCCAUCGCGGGCACCAAACCACAACUUACAGCCCUAGCGCAUUUACGGGAACACAAUGGUGUAGAAAUGGACGAAAAAGAGGCCAGGCAGCUGCUCGGCAGCCUAGGCCUACAAGGGCAGCCAGCAUCGGACGUCCCACUCGCGUUGCUUUCUGGUGGACAGAAAGUCCGAGUCGCUUUGGCGAAGUUGUUGUGGCGUCCUCCACAGCUCCUCAUCCUGGAUGAAGUCACGACGCAUCUGGAUGCAGAGACCAUUCUGGGCUUGAUCGUGGCUCUGCGAGAGUACGAUGGAGCUUUGCUUGUCGUUACGCAUGACAGAUUCUUCAUGCGAACGGUAGUAGAAGGCGAAAGUCCAUACAGACUAGCUCCAGGGGUCCAGACGGAAGACGAUCCGGAGAGCUCCUCGGGAGAGGAGGAGACAGGGGCGUCUGGGGGAACAGUUUAUCGGUUGUUCAAGGGCCAGCUGAAGAAGCUCGAGGGUGGCAUGGAGCAGUACGAGGAGAUAGCCUCGCGGGCAGCUGCCAAGCUGGGCAGAGUGUAG